UGAUGGGAGUGAUGAUGCACACCAAGGAGAAGGAAAAAAUGGUGGUGGUAUAGGGAUAUGGAUCCCAAAGGUUUAGAUGAAGGAAAUACAUCUAAUAAUGGACAAGAUGGUUCAUUUGAGAAUAAUGGGGUGGAUGGAAUGCAAGUGCAAGUUAAUCACAAUGAUGAGAUUCAGAUUGUGACCAAUGUGCAAAUUAGCCCUACAGGUAUCCCCCAUGUUGCCCAAAAUUUUGAUAAAAAAAGCCUAUUUUUCAAGCCUAUAUCACAUGUUAAAAAUCUGGUACCAAAUGACAGUUUUUGCACUAAUUCUGAUGUAGAUGGCCAGCUCAGCGUAUCCACCUCGGGAUCACCCUUGAUCGGACGCGUGGCGGGGAGUGGUGCGGCUGGCAGGGUGCUGCUGCAUGCGCCGAAAGCUGCGUUGCACCCAGUGGCCGAUAGCCUUAUGCCAAGGCCAAUCAUUGGCGUGCAGAGGUCUGACCACCUGGUCGGGCGCGUGGAAGGGAGCAGGACGGGUGAAUGCAUGGUGCAGCGUGUGCCACCUAUCGCAGCGUCCCUAGUGGCCGACAGCUACAACCUCGGCCAAUCAGUGGCGUGCAGAGGGCAGAUCAUCGGGGAGGCUGCCAGCAGAGAGGGGACCGUGUGCCUGGCGACAUGUGCAGCCGCGUAGGGGCAGGUUCCAAGGCAGGAUCUGGUGUGGCUGUGCACGCCGAACCAACGGCGAUGGGCGUGGUCCGAUGGCCGCACAAGAUCCAGCCUGGCAAUGCUGUUGCUCGUGGGUCUGCCAGGGAGGACGGCAGUAAUCAUUUGGCAAUGAUUGCCAAUCAUGAGCUCAUGAUGGGGGCAGAAUCUUCAGAUGGUUUGGGAUCUUCUGUGCACAAGUUUGUUAGGGGAAAGGGUAUGAAUUAUGAUAUUUCAAUUUUUAAUAAUGUUUAUGUUGAUUGUGAGUCGUGUAUGUCAAAUACUAUCUCUAAUUCAGUAUCUCAUGGGAGCGAUACAUAUGAUGCAGGUUCGUUUUUGCACUCCAAUUUGGUUGGCUCGUUGAAACAACCUAAGAAUGAUGCUACGAGAAAUUAUUUUUUGGCCAAGGAAGGGGAGAAGGCUACAGUUGGUCUUCAAGGUAUAAUGGGGAAUGCCUCGUCUAUGAAGACUAUUGCUGAGUCAUUUUUAUCUUUUUUGGAUUCAUCUAACACUGCUAUGCCCACAUUCUCAAUUUCCCUAAUGGAGAGUUCACCAAAUAUACCAGCUCAACCUACUUGGGAUGAGAUCAUUGCUUUUGGGGGAAUACCAAAGGCAUCAAAUGGAGUGAGAUCCGAUGCAAGAUUGGAAAAUCGGCCCGAUGUGGAUAUGCCUCAGAUGGAGAAGGCAAUGAGAAAUGCACAGAUGCGUGAUACUUCUUGCAGUUCAGGUUAUUCAUAUGGUGGCACAUUGGGUUCAGCAUUGGGAUCUCCUUUCGCUGGAGGGACAGCGAAAUGCCAUGGUUUAUGGAUGCACACGGCUCCAAUGAUCGCUCAGGAUAUCUUGUGCCAGACUGGCUGGCGACAUACUAGGAGACUAUGUUAAUGUGUAGUUAUAAUAUGUUUUGCUCUUUUCGCCGGUUAAUUUUUGUAUCAAUUCUUGGCGAUGCUUGAGUUGUAACACAUACUCGAUCUGAUCGCUUUUUAAUAAAUGGCCGUAUGCAUCAUCAUGAAGUAGAAGACGGGCUAC